AUGAAGAAGGAGGCUUACCAUCAUACAGCUUUGUUCAUCAAACCUCGUGGAGCCAGGAAAAUGUGGAAGUUGCUGCCCUUUCGAAGCUCCACAACGUGCAAUGACAUAGUUGGUCACGUGGGGCUAGGCAUGAUCUUUAUGCCGCGUCGAGGAUCCUCAAUUCCCUCCCUCUCAACGUGUCGACAGCUUCUCAUGACACCUUGUUUCGGACAAAACCGACAAAUUGAUAUCAUCCUUCGCGCGCUCUUUGCUGCCGAAUGGAAGAUGAAAUUUGCUCAAGCGUGGGUGAUUGAGUUUGAACAGAGAUCUAAGGGAUCGGCUACUGGUUCUGUUGGUCUUGAUCGCAUCGCCGCUGCGAUUCGAGUCGUAUACUGUCCCUAUCCAUAA